UAAGGUACCCUGUGUAUUUUUCUUGCCAAGUGUAAUGCAGAUCUCUUCGCAAAGGUACCCUGUGUAUUUUUCUUCGGUCAACUUGUUGAACUGAACCUUGGUCAUGCAGAAUUUCACGGGAGUAACGCGGUCGGUGCUCUCCGCGUCCGCGGACAGGUUAGACCCGGUAGACCGGUACCCUGGUCCACUGCAACGUGCGUUUUUUUUUUACCAUGGUCUACUGUUCUAUGCAUCUCGGCACGACACUACGACAGUCAUGACGAGAAAAUGACCCAAGAGAUAGGUCGUCUCGUGACGAGAUCCACGAAGCACGCUUCCCGUUACUCAGCUGAACAACGAAGGUACGUAGACGUAGUAGCUCAGUAGCUGCGUACAGCCGGACACAGCACACAGCAGCACAGGGAAACUUAUUGUUCAACACAAAACCGCCAGCCCGUGUGCCUUCCGCGCGGCGGCGGGGACUCCUGGGCGCCGGGCCGCUGGAUGGCCCAUGGCCCUCGUGUUCCCCUGCCUCACGGCACGGCACCCUCGCCCGCACCGCCCACGUAAAACUCCUGCGCGCUCGCUUCGGCUCUCCCACUCCACGCAACCAGAACCCGCGCGCGGCAACGCGACGCGACGCGACACAAAACCCCACGAGCCACGAAGCCAAACCGAGCAAGCAAAGCAAGCAUCUGAGUCCUGUCCUGACCAACCCCGGGCGCGCGAGGAGGCUUGGCCAACGAGAAAUGGUGUUCAGCGCCUCGUUCGUGGCGGCAGCGGCGCGCGUGCCGGCGGAGCUGUGCCAGCGGCCGCCGCGCCCGGGGCGGUGGCGGCGGCGGCUGAGCGCGGACGACGUCCUGCGCGCCCUGUUCCUGCCACCGGUGCGGGAGCUCGGGCGCCUGGGCGACUUCCUCUUCGCCUUCUUCUGCCUGCCGCUGCCGGAGUACUACCUGCCGGGGUCCGGCCGCGGCGGAGGCUGGGUGGCGCGGGUGCCCGACGCGGUUCUGUACACCUACCGGAGGUCGCUCUCGGUCAGCUCGUCGUCCUCGUCCUCGUCCUUCUCCUCCUCCUCGUCGGAGGAGGACGAGUCACUGAUUGCCGACGAGGAAUAAUGAAGUGUACACCAUAGGUCCCUCUCGGUCAGCUCGUCGUCGUCGUUCUUCUCCUCGCCGGAGGAGGACGACUGAUUCCCGACGAGGAAUAAAUAAAGUGUACAGGUUGCUGAAUGCAACAGCCUUUGUGCAGGAGAAUCGAUUAGGUGUGUGUGGUUUGUACGCCAAUUCUUUUUGUGACCUCUGUAUAUAUCCAAUCAUUGCAUUGCAUAUAUCCAAUCAUUUGAUAUAAGUAGAUCGGGUGUACACUUCA